CUGCCGGCCGGCGCCGACUGUCGAAUGCCAAACAUCAGCUAGAGAGACAGAGCAAGCCAGACAGCCAGAGCCUGAUCGUAAAUUAAAUAAAUAAAAAUCUCUGUCCUUUACUCUAGGCCCUCUUCUCUACAAAACAGCGCACCAGCAUGAACAACGCAAUGAAAGGGAAAGAAACCGGAAGAAAAAAUCUCGUUUCCGCAGCUGCCAACAGGAAACUCACAAGCACUGUUCUUAAUUCUGCCAAGCAGCUGUUGCAGUCAGCUCCAGCCAGCUGUAGUAACAUAAGUUCCAGCAGCUCCGCCGCAAAGACAGCUGAGGAUUUCCAAACUGAGGCUGACAUUGUCUACAGUCAGUACUUGCAAGCUGCUUACAUUCAGAAAAUGAUGGCUGAGAAGAAUGCUCAGAUUGAAGAAGCUUUAAAGGAAGUAUUUUCUGUGGCUCAAGGAUCUGGUCUCCAAAAUCCAAAUGUGGAUCAUAUCAACAAAUGCACUGAGAAGCUGAAGCACCUGAAAGAAGAGCACUCACGGCUCUUGAAGCUGAAAGAAGAGGUUGAGGCUUUACAAAAAAGCUGUCAAGAAAACUAAUUUAAAAAAAUCCAAAAACUUGUUGCUUGAGAAUUAACGAAAACCUUGGCUUCCUAGAGGAAAAUUUUGCUAAAUGAAUACUGUGAUGAAAAGCAUUUUGACAAUGUACAAACUUAAUUAAAUAUUAAAAAGCUUCUGCAGAAAGAAGACUGUUUUGCGCCUAAGUAGAUUGAAAUAAUAAUGGCGCUUUUUCAUUACCAUUUAGUAAAAUAUAUUCAUAGUUCAAUCUAAAUAUCA